ACCCUUCGACAAGUGGACGAUGGUCGGCUUCAGCCUGUCCAAAGAGGCCGGCAGGGGCUCCGCGCGCCUCUUCGUCGGCGGGCAGAUCGUCGCCGACUCCGCCCAGCACGGCGCGGUCCGCCGCGGCGGCAGCACCGUCGACGGCAGCGAGGCCGCCCUCCGCCGGGAGGUGCACGGCGGCCGCGGGAUGCUGUGCCUCGGCGCCUUCUGCCAGUCCCCGCCCGCCCCGGUCGUCAAGGACCCGCGGGCCGCCCUGGCGGCCCUGAAGCAGAGGCCCGCGGCCCCGUCGAGAGGGCGGGGCUCAGCGGGCAGGUGGCGUUAAGUACUUGGCAUCGCUCGGACGUGUGCGUUUUUUCCUCGGCGAGGACCAUCGAGGAGC